UGUGUCUCUUUGGUUACGCGCACCUGCCGCACCAGCACGCAGCGUGUCACUGUGACAGCUGUGACAGCGAAAAUACUAUUCUUGCACUACGUGAGUAGUAAAAUCUGUAAAUCGCCGAUUGCAACUGAACCUAUUUUCUCAAAGCAAGGCGUAAAAACCGGCCGUGAUCACCAUGUCCACUAAAGAAGUAGAGAAAACAGCUGAUGAGAGUGCUGAUGACGAGACGGACUGGCUGUAUGGAGAUGAUAAUUUUGAAGAAGGAGAGAGUACAGAAAAGGAAGUCUUCAGUGCCCUGAUUGGUGAUGUGGAUGGUGUGAUUGGACUCAGUUACCAGGAGAGUGAAUCAGACAGUGAUGAUGAUGAUGAUGUCUGUGUGACCAUCGGUGGCAUUAAAAUGGGCGGAUCCCAGGGCUCGUCAUUUGAAUCCAGUUCCAUCAGUCUGAACAUAAAGACCUCUGCAUCAGGCUCUAAGUCCAGAGGGCUGGAUCUGAAUGCUGAGAGCAAUCUCCUGGAGGUGGAUGUAGAGUCCUUUGAGGAGAAGCCAUGGAGGAAGCCAGGUGCAGAUCUGUCUGAUUACUUUAACUAUGGUUUUAACGAGGACACCUGGAAGGCAUACUGUGACAAACAGAGACGACUGCGCAUGAGUCUAGAGAUCUUGAGCCUGGGGUCAUCCAGCAAAAUAAUGCUGCAUCAGAAGUCUAAUGAUCUGUUAGAAUACUCAUCCAGCAAGUCAAGCGGUUCGAUCAAUGUUAUCGAAGGACAGACAGGGACCAUCAGUCGAGUGGAAGGCAGAAGACGUCACAGUGCAGAUGAAAAUAACAUCCAGGUUGUGUCGGAGCAUUCUUCGGACACAGAGUUAUCCUCGCCAAAGCUGUCGCCCUUUUUUCCUUCAAAUAUUCCACCUCCACCUUUCCCUCCACCACCCCUCAUACCACCACCUGGUUUUCCUCUACUUCCUGGGGGUCCUCCACCUAUAAGACCAACAACAGAUAGUGGACGUUUGGCUGGAAGCUAUGAUGGACGCUCAGCCCCACCUUACCCCUUCCCUGCAGGUGUGUACUCACCUGCAGUGGGCGUGUCUUCCUGGCCUGGCAUGAUCGACAAUGGCAAGGCAUGGGAGUAUUAUGCCCGCAAACAAAGGAACAGAGAAAAGGAGAAAGAGAAAACCAGAGAGCGAGGGCACAGGAAAGACAGAGAAAAGGAGAGGGAGAGAGAGAGGUACAGAGAAACGGAUCGUGAGCAUAGUCCCUCCUCACAAGACCACAAAAGUGACGAGGAGCGCCGGUCUCGGCACAGGGAUCACAGUCAUUACGGGAGUGACAGGUAUCGAGAAAGCUCCGGAAGAGAUGGAGAGAGUGACAGACGUCGAGAGAGAAGACACGAAGACAGGCAUGAACAACACCGAUCCUCACACAGUGGCCACAGUAGGAGGCGUCAUGAAAGUGGUGACACAGAGAACAGGAGAAACAGGCACAAACGCUCCAGGCAUCACCGAGAGAGCAGGGAGCCCAGCGAGGAGUGCAGUGCAGACCAGGAGAACCAGUCAGAGGUGACAGAAUAACUUGCUGGUGAACCUGUUUGCUGACCAUUGAGUCCAUUCACCAGUCAGAGCCUGAGGCAUGACCAACUGAAAGUCAAUUUUGCCUUAUCACAUGCCAAAAACUUGAUUUGCCAAUUUAUGUUACAUUUUUAGCGAUUUAAGAUUUUUUUCUUGAAAAUAUAAUUUAUGAAAUGGAAAAAAGUGGUCCAAAUGGUACACCGUUUUUAAUUUAUACAUUUAUUUAUUAAUUUAAAAUGAACUAAACAACAUUAAGGUUGUUUUGAUAAUACAAGAUGGUAUUUUUGUUGUACCAAAUGUUAAUUUUGUUGAAGCAAAAUCAUUAUAAACAUGA